AUGCUAAUGCCUGAGUCAGCCCAUCUACUCUCUAAUGGCUCUAACACUGCAAAAGCAAAAGACACUCUAGCCCUGCAAAACACGAUCACUCCCGUCACCUCCCAGGCGCUCGCCGGCGCCGUCCGCCGCCUUCUUCCGCCGUCCGCCGCCAUGUCGAUCCCGGCGGAUCGGUCGCUUCCGUCGGUGGAAGAUCCUCGCUCCGCGUCCUCCGGCGGGACGGCGGCGGAGGGACUCACCGACGACCUCCUCCUGGAGAUCCUCCCGCGCGUGCCCGCGAAAUCGCUCUGCCGCUUCAGGUGCGUCUCCAAGCACUGGCUCGGCCUCAUCGACCACCCCGACCACCGCAAGAAGCUCCCGCAAACGCUCGCCGGGUUCUUGUACAACAAAGGUUUCACCAGCAGCAGCCCGGAGUCCUUUUUGGUGCCGUCUAUCCUCCUCACCAGUGUCUCGGGGAGCCCCUGCCCUCCGACCUCAACCUCUGUCGCGUUCCUGCCCAAGUACAGGAGUGUUGAUGUCUUGGACUGCUGCAAUGGCCUCUUCCUCUGCCGCUGGUAUGGCGUCUCCACCAAGAUUGGAGAAUUCAGCUACAUUGUUUGCAAUCCAGCCACAGAGAAGUGGGUCGUGUUGCCGACCUCCGGCCAGGCCACCGACAAUGUGCUCAUCGCACGUUUGGGCUUCGAUCCGACCCAAUCGUUGCAUUUUCAUGUGUUUGAGUUGUUGGAGGAUCAUGAUAGCUGGGGCCCUUCCCCUGGCCUGGCCGGAGUGGCAGUGUAUUCGUCUGAAACCGGAGGAUGGAUCCAUAAGAAAGAGAGAUGGAACCAACAUAUCAUGCUCCCUUAUUAUGAUCGUACCUCAGCAGACACUGUCUUUCUUCACAACCGUCUGUAUUUUCACGGUUUUAUUCAGUGGUCACAGGGCUGCGUGCACUAUGCCAAUUUCUAUGGAGAUGAAGACAAUGUUGUAGUUCGGCUACAAGUAUUUGUUCUCGGGAACGAUGAAAGCAAAGGAUGGAUACUGAAGCACAUCGUUGAAACUUCAUAUGUAUUUGGAGGGAUAGAUGUUACUCUUGAUUGGGAUUUUAGGUGGGUUGGGAUUCAUCCGCAGUGUAACUCGAUCUUCUUCACUGGAGGUUGGGAUACCUCAUUAAUGUGCUAUAAUAUGGAUAAUCAACAAGUGAAAGUGAUCCGCAAUCUCAAAGAUGGCAAUCCACCAUAUCUGCCGUAUGUUCCACUGUAUGCAGAUUUACAAUCGUUGCAAAUGUGA